CCUUGUGGACGAUCAUUUUAAUUGGCCGUGUAAAUUCAACAAUGGCUCACGUCCAGUACAUCGAUGGCUUGAUACGUGAAUAUAUUUUAUUCCGUGGAUUUUCCAACACGCUAAAAGUGUUUGACAACGAGUUAAAGAGCGAUAAAGACAAAAGCUUUCGUGUGGAUAAAGUGAUCGAACAGAUACUGCUGCUGAUACACAAUCACGAUUUGGGAGGGUUGCGUGAGCUGUGGGCACAUUUAAAUAAUCAUUUGUUUCGUAAUUUGGAGCACCAUUUCGCCACCGCGGUAAAUAAACUGGAGCAAUCGGUAUUGAAAUUCUACCUCAUCGUCGCAUAUACCUCGAGCAAGACGGACAAAAUAACGGAAUUUUUCACCAAACUUUCGCCCGAGCUUGUUAAUCAGAGUGAAUGGAAAGAAUGGUUUUUUUUUCCUUUUUGCAAGAAUCCUGAGGAACAUGCAGCUUUUGCAGUUUGCUUCACCAAACAAUGGCAAGAUACGUUGCUUAUUUCACUGCACAACUUCCUGUCCACCAUCUACCAGUGCAUGCCACAACCCAUCAUUGCAAAGGCCGAAUCCGAGGGAUGUCUCAUAAAAAAGCUGCAGGAAGAGAAUGGGUUGUUGCGGAGCAAACUGGCCAGCAUCCAGCAGCAACAGCAGCAGCACCUUCAGUCCGCAGGUUCCGGCAGUCAUCAUUCACGAUUGAGUGGAGCUAUGUCCGGUGGAGACCAGCGGCUUUCGGCUGACGGCAGAAUUAAAUACUCAACGCGACCAUCCUCGAGCAUGCUUUCGUUGAACGACUUGCAACCGUUUGGCAUUCCACCACCAACGCACAUCGUGGACGAUUUUUACAUAAUCGCGCAGGAAUCGAACAGCAUUGGCGGGGCGGCCGAAAACCAAGCCAGAGGGUUGAAAUCUCUGAUAAGAAAUAUCGGUUCUGGUGGGAGUCCAGUUCUCGGGCGCCGUGAUGCAGCGCAUGAGCGAAAUAAGAAGCGUUCCGGUAGUGUCGGAAGUCGUGGCAAUUGGAUCUAUAGCUAAAUGAUACCAAGAUGUGGUCAUGCGGACCAUUCAAAUGAGAGGAAUGCAUAACCAUAAGCUACUUAAUGCUAAUGUAAUUGAUACUUAUAAAAAUAUAUAUUCACGAG